AUGGGACCAACAGUUGGGGCUUCUGAGAGUGAAGAACCGUUGCAGGAGUUGCAUGUUGAUGGCAAUGGACACCUGGAGCCUGGCGGGAAGCCAGAACCUUGUCAUAACUGCAAGAAAAGUCAAACCGGUCCAGUUGUGGUUGCACUGAUAGUUUUAUCUGCUUUGAUCGGUGCCAUCAUUGCUGUGGCAGUGCUGGCACCUAAGCUUUCAUCAGCUGAUCAGUGCCCCUCUGCUGGGCCCAAAUGCCCGGAUGGCUGGAUCGGGUACCGAGGGAAAUGCUACUUUUUCUCCGAGACUGAAGGGAACUGGACCUACAGCCAGAGCCACUGCUCUGCACCGGAUGCCUCCUUGGCUGGGAUCGACAGUGAGCAGGAAAUGAUGUUCCUGCUGCUCCAUAAGGAUAUCCAUGACCACUGGAUCGGCCUCCGGAGGGAGCAGGGGCAGCCCUGGAAAUGGACCAACGGCAUCGUAUUCAACCACCCGUUUCCGAUAAGAGGAGGCGGUGACUGCGCGUAUCUGAAUGACGAGAAAGGGGUCAGCAGCUCACGGUGCUACAUGGAAGGACGGUGGAUCUGUAGCAAACCUGAGGUGUAUGUGACGGGAAAAGGGACUGCACUGGAAGGGAGCUCAAAAUAAGUCUUCCAGAAAUGACACUGAUACAAAGAAUCCACAGUUUAAACUACACACACUUAUUGCUUGAGGGCCCCACAGCCUGGUU